CAUCAAAGAUGGCUCACGGUCACUGCAUUGCAUUGGCCCGGCCAUCUGGAUUGAGGCAGGGAGGACACGAAGCAGCGCCGCCGCGUCGAGCGCGCCCACGCACAGCACACAACAGAACUCGAACGGCGGCCUCGGAGGCGAGAGUGGAAGCAGCGCGCUUGCAUUCAGCAUGCGAGUCCGGCCGCCGCGGCCGCAUCAUCGCCCCGUCGAAAGUGGAGGCAGCGGAAAUCGAGAGGUAUUAUUUUUGUAGGGCCCUUAGGCGACGGGUUGAACUAUGUUUCAGUAUACGAACUCCGAUAUUACAAAUGCGACUCCGUAUCUAUUUACCGAGGUCACGCCAACGUUCAACCACCGACGUCGCCGAGCACGUCGCCCCGUGACAGAUCUGCUGGCCGCCGUCGCUCGCACAAGUGGAUUCCGCCAAGACGCAGCAAUGGUGGCGACGACGACCUCGGCGCAGCUCUCGCCCGAGGAGCUGCAGCGGCGCGAGCGCAAUCGCAGCAAAGUGCGCCGCAGUUACUACCGCAAAAUCGUACGUUCCGUUAAUAUGCUACGCGCGCCAGUAAUGUUCGUCUGCGCGUCUCGCGGCGGCGGCUGACACCUUCCGUUUGUUUUGUUAGUUCAAUCUCAAUGCGGCUGACACCUUCCGUUUGUUUUGUUAGUUCAAUCUCAAUGAGCUGCGGGCGCAAGUGGCGACGCUCGAGGACGAGUACGAGCGGCUGCUGCAGACGCAGGAGCAGCGAGCGGUUUUCCACGUGACGCAGGCGCUGACCGACACGCUGAACGAGAGCGACGCGCAGUCGCUGCUGGACGCGACGCUGGAGCCGCUGGAAGACCUCGAGGCGAUCAGCGAGCUGGAGCCGAUCGAGCCGCUCCCACUGGCUGAAGCCGGCCGAGAGAAGCGCCUGCUGCAGCUCGCGCGCGUUCGGAAGGCGCUGUACGAGGAGAACGAGACGCUCAGGGAUCGGAAGAUGACGUUCGCCAAGGCCUACGGAAGUCUGCAGCACCUGGUGGACGUCCACGCCGAGGACGAGGAGGAGGACGACGCGGUGUCCAAGCGCACGCAGCUCAUGGUGUGGCGGAAGUUCAAGUUCGACGAGUGUCUCGAGAUCAACCGCGUCGCCUACGGCCGCAUCAUGGCGGACUUGGAGAAGCACCGCCGCCAUCCGCACAAGGGCAUGACUCUUGGCUGGACGGACCGACGGCGGCUUGAUAACGGAGUGAUGAGUUAUUGCUUUUCGAAGUUUUUCGCCAACCGUUCGGCGGCGGAGCUGGCCGAGAAUACGUGGCAGCUCGGCUCCAACAUGAAGCGCGCGAGCCGAUUCUUCUCCGUCUUCCUGAACGUGGACGUGCACAUUGUCCAGCACGUCGAUAUGAACAACAUCGUGUGCUUGCGGACGGUGAACCAGGCGGACCACGACGUGGUGCUCAAGAGCCUGUAUCUGCUGACCCGUUUCGAGACCGAGAAGGGCUUCAUUAUCCUCGUGCACGGACUGGACCCUGCGCGACUCGAGGACGAUUUCACUACGCUCGCCAUGGUGGGCAAGGCGGAGAUUUGGCACGACGAGUUCCGUUGGUAGGUCUGCUGGUGGUUUCUGUACAGCACAGUAGUUGGCUCUAACCGUGGUGUUUCAUGAUGAUAGGAUUGUCCUUGAGAACGAAGAUGGCGGAUGCCGCAUGUCGUACGGAGGCCACGUGCUGGUGGAGCACCCGUGGGAGCAGUUUUGGCUCUGCGAGGUGCUGUUGCUGACGCUGCGUUGGGAGAGUGCCGUCGUCGCUGCGCUAUUUUCAUUGCGAUGCAACUAAACACUAUUUUCCGAGCUAUCAAGAUAAAAAUUGUCCGAAAACUUUGUCGCGGUCCGGAAUCGUGUCAGUUGUAUACUAGCCUAUCUUCGCGCUCAGAAAUCUAGGUCCGCGUCACAUGCCAGCUAUAGAUUGAUCUGAUAGGUACAACAUAUCUAAAUAGCGAGCUCUAACUCUUUCUAGAAGCUGAGGUAUGGACAAAAACGUAUCCGAAAGAUUAUGUCGCGCAGUGACACUGCUCACUCCCAUCCAACUUAAUAUACUGUAUACUGCGGCAGUGUACAGUAUAUCCCUUCUAGCCCCAGACCUUAUUCUGUAUCCUACAGAAUAAGCAUUAGACUUGAUUAAAGUAUACUUCAAAACCUGUCAAAUAUUUGCUGUUGGAAGCCCUUUCGCAUCUUGCGGUCAAGCGCUGGGUACAUUGUGCACAGAAAAGAUACGAAAGUGAACAAAACAUGCUCAAUGUAUCCGCCAUAUGCCGAAAUGGCGAGCUUCUAUUGGUCGUGGCGAGCUUAGAGCACGCUCAAAACCUGCUACAUGGUAAUACCUUGCAAGGCUGCUAAGGCAGCAUACUUCGGCUCCAGCCACCCAUCUUCGGCACGUCGCGAUAAACGCGGAGGAAGAAAUCGCCCUGUUCCUAACUGACGUAGUGAGGAGGAACUGGGCGAAUUCUUCCUUGUGCUUGACAUUAGCGCAUCAUUAGAUUUCUUUAGCCCACCUAACAAGCUUGUUACGAUUGUCUCUCUAACAACACCAGGGAGAUUGCAUGCUCAAUAGCCCGUAAUGACACGCACUACACACGGUUCCUCUUGUACGAAACAGGACAAUAUAUGAUAUUCAUGCCAACGUCUACUUCUUCCUUUACAUGCGCACGCUCUUCAAUGUUCGCGCCAGCCGUGGGUCAUCUUCGCCAUUUUGGCAGCCUCCGCUUUGCUCUGUAGCCUCCGGCACUGCCGCUCCAUUCCUGCCGCUAUCAUCGGUAGCCUCCGUCGUAGCCUCUGUCCCUACUUCUGUAAUCUCCGCUGUAACCUCAUCACGCGGAGAGCUUCUUCUGUAGCAUCUGUCGUAGCAUCUACCGCUUCUUCUGUAGUCUCCGGUGUAGCCACACCAUGAGGUGCGCUUCUUCUGUAGCCUCUUGAGUAGCCACUGCAUCAGCUACAAUACAGUGGUAGACCCGGCUGUAACCGGCUUCGUAGGAACCGAUGAGGUUGUGCGUUGACUCCGCAAUCGAUCUGCCAAUCGGGCCACACGCGAGAGCUCAUAGCGUCUUCUAGGUCGGAUCACCAGGUCUGGUAAUCAACAUCGCAACGUAGAAUCAAUAUACCACUAGUACAAUGUUACAGAGCAAAGUACACGCUCUCGCUUACCUGUAGAUCACAAUGGCGCUCAUCAUGAUCGUCUUCGGCCAUGGUCCUUGGCCAAUUGGGCACGCUCGACGGGCCCCAACAAAGCUUGCAUUGCGACGUCUUGAACAGCGCAGUUUCGGAAUGAAGGAAAGUACGAGUGGCUGACACGCGGCGGUUUUAGGCUUCCACCCGAAUUUUCAAACCUGUUGGUGGUUUAUACUCGUCCGUCUAUUACCGCGGAAUAAACCCCGUUUAUCUUCCCAUCGCUAAUCUAACAGGAUGAUGUGCACAAUACCGGCUAUACAAACAUCCAUAUGCGAAGUUCGAAAGAGAGGACAAGUUUGCUGGAUAUUAUGUCCUGUGACAAUGCUUAUUCUGUAGGAUACAGAAUACGGGGUUAGAGGGGAUAUUAAGUUGGACGGGAGUGAGCUCCUUCGUUGAACAGUCUUUGGCGACCUGUGUAGUAGUAAAGAGAAAUUCAAACCCAACAAGCUUUUUUUACUAAAAGACAAACGCACUACAAGACGUAUAUUGAGCAAAUAAUUCAUUCGUUGUCUGUGUCUUCAACAGGAAGUGUAGGCUAGGCCGUCCGCUACGCUGCACAUCGAUCAAACGGGUCCCAUGCCCAUCGAGGCGCGCAGGUUUUCGUAGACCAUG